AUGGCUCCUCAAUCCCGCCUCAGUCUCAUCUCUAGACACCUUGACCAGAGACCUCAAGUCGAAUUGAACACACCAUACGCACACGAGCGCCAGUCUAGUCCCCCAGACGACAUUCCAUACAACCCUCUACCCGCUGUUCGAGAAGAGAAGAAGACCAACAUGUCGAGCCAACCGCCCCACCCGGCCCUGCUCAUCCCAGGCCCCAUCGAGUUCGAUGACCAGGUUCUGCAGUCCAUGAGCCACUUCAGGUACACCAGGCGCAUUCUUCUCAUGUCAAACAUCGACUGA